CAACAAUUAACAAUAAAAUGUCAAAAUCUAGGAGCAGCACUGAAUGGAAAGUUCGUAGAGCAGGGUUUUUCAAAGCUCAGAAUAUACCUAUUUCUUCAAUCCAGUGCUAUCUUUUAUAUGGAAUUGGAGUUACAUCGCUGUACUGCUCUAAUCUUUUAAUAUUUAUAUUGAGGAUUCUCAUAUAGAAAUUAAUUUUCACAGGCAUGCCUGCAACAAUGAGGAAGCUCAUUAUGCUCUGUCUCCUUGUAUGCUCUGCAACAGGAAGCACAGCCCCUUCACCAAAGUCAAGCGAUCGAAUCCCACUGCUGGCUUUCCACCAGAGCCUAACCAGUUCAUCCCGUCUUCUCCUCAACUGGACGCAGACCAAAUCCUCCCCUUGUUCUUGGACAGGCAUCUCCUGCCAUUCAAAUACAGAUACAGUCAUGGCUUUAAACUUAUCUGGACUCCAGUUGACGGGAAAAUUGACACCCAAAUUAGGGGAUUUGACGGGCCUGGUGUCACUUGACCUCAGCAGCAAUUCUCUGUCUGGAAACAUUGUUCCGGAGCUGGGCAACUGCAGCAAAUUGAAGCUUCUCUACUUAAGCUACAACCAUUUUUCGGGUUCCAUUCCCCUGCAGCUGUUUCUUCUGACGGAGUUGGAGAUACUGGAUCUUGGGGAGAAUUCUCUGACCGGCAUGAUUCCUCCACAAAUAGGCCAGCUGAAAAAUGUCCAGUAUUUGGGUCUUUAUAGUAAUUACCUUACUGGAAGCAUACCCAAAGAAAUCUUUAGGCUUCCCAAAUUACAAAACUUAUAUAUCUGCACAAACAACCUCACUGGUCCAAUUCCUGAAUUUGGCGAAAUGUGUCCUAUUGUAUAUCUGUGGGCUUUUGACAAUUUGCUUUCUGGAAACAUACCCACUUCCUUGGGAAAUUGUGUUAAUAUAAGUGAUGUUUAUCUCAGCAACAAUCACUUAGUGGGUAGCAUACCUUCAAGCUUGGGAUUCCUCUCCCAGCUCAGAAACUUGUUCCUCUAUGGAAACAGGCUUGUGGGCAAUAUCCCCAGAACCCUAGGAAGGCUCACCAAUCUAGUUGCCCUUGACCUUCAUGAUAAUCUGUUGAAUGGAAGCAUACCUGUAGAAUUCGGCGAUUGUAGCAGUAUUACCGCUUUGUCUCUUUCACACAACAAUCUCAUUGGCUCGGUGCCCUCCUCAUUAGGCCUCCUGAAGAAGCUUGUUAAGCUUCACAUUGACAAUAAUAGGCUUACAGGGGUGAUUCCUCCAGAGCUAGGCAACUGUAGUUCUCUGUCCGAUUUCUGGCUGCACAGGAAUUUUCUGCAGGGCAUGAUCCCUCCCAAUUUGGGUCGGUUAGCAAACCUUCAAAUGCUGUACGUGGCUUAUAAUAACUUGGUAGGGCCGAUUCCCCAAGAAAUCUGUAACCUCAGCAGUCUUCUAGAGCUUGGCCUUUAUGAUAAUCAUCUUAGCGGCAUGAUACCUAAGGGAAUCUCGAGUCUGCGCCAUUUAGGUUUUUUGAGUCUGGCUAACAACAAUCUUGUAGGAGAAGUCCCAUUUGAUCUGGGGAGUAAUAGUGAGUUGAAAAUAUUGGACUUGACUGGGAAUCACCUACAUGGAAAGAUUCCUUCCCAUCUUUGUGCAAGAGAAAAACUUGAAGUUCUAGAUGUUGGGAAAAACCUUUUUCAAGGUCCAUUUCCAGGGUUGAUUGGAGAUUGCCCUUCUCUGAGAAGAGUGAUUAUCAGCAACAACCAUUUCAGUGGAAGCGUACCAAAGAGUCUGAAUGUGAACACUGGAGUUUCAUAUUUGGACAUGAAGAGAAAUGCCUUAGAAGGAUCCAUUCCACAUAGUUUUGGUCUGUGGAGGAACAUAACCAUGAUGGAUAUGUCAGAGAAUCUAUUCUCUGGAUCAAUACCAGCUGAGUUUGGAAAACUGUCGAAGCUCAGCAUUUUGAAUUUGUCCUCAAACAGACUCAUGGGAAACAUACCCUCUGAGCUUGGAGAUUGUUCCAACAUAUUCAAGCUUGAUUUAAGCAAUAAUUUGCUUACAGGAAGCAUUCCUCUGCACCUUUUCAGUUUAAGAAAGCUGGAGAAUUUGCUUCUCCAAGGUAACAAUAUUAUGGGACAAAUCCCAGACUCUAUAUCCAGUCUUCAAGAGCUCAGACAACUAGAGCUCGGUGACAACAAUCUUGAAGGCCAUAUUCCAUCUGCUCUUGGAAGUUUGCCUAGUUUAUCAUCUGUUCUGAACAUCAGCAGUAACCAUUUGAGUGGAGGGAUCCCACCUAGCCUGGGUAAUUUGCAGCAGCUUCAAAUUCUUGACCUGUCAAAUAAUGAACUCUCAGGUGUAAUUCCUUCACAGUUGGGUGACAUGCUAUCUUUGACUUACAUAAAUGUCUCAUACAAUCAUCUUUCUGGAAUGCUUCCCAGUUCAUGGAAAAGGCUCCUGGUUGCCUCCCCUGCUUCUUUUGUUGGAAACACAGAUUUGUGCAUAGCAGAUCUAAACUUCUGCAAAAGUGGAAGUUUCAAAUCUUCUCACAGAAAUAUUGACAGAGGAAAGCUCAUAGCUCAAAUAACAACUGCUGUUGUUUCUUCUGUGGUUAGUGUCUGUGUGUUUGGAUACUGUGUAUUCGUUUGUUUACCUCGACUUCGAUUAUCCACUUCCAGCCAGCAAAAAGAUGAGACGGAGUUAGAGGAAGUCUUACCCCAAGGUAUCCUUCUUGAAGACAUAAUGCAGGCAACAGGAGGUUUAAGUGAGAAGUUUGUGAUUGGCAGAGGAAAACAUGGAAUUGUUUACAAAGCAGCCUUGCCAUCAGGUAGAGUAUUUGCUGUAAAAAAGUUGAUAUUUUCAGAGAAAGGCCUUAGCAGUACAAGUUUUAAGCUUGAAAUUGAGACAUUGGGAACCGUAAGGCACAGGAAUCUGGUAAAGAUCGUUGGGUUUUCUGCAUGCAAGGCUUGGGGUUUGCUAAUUUACGAAUACAUGAGUGGUGGAAGUCUUCAUGAUGUGCUGCAUCAGGUCAAGCCAAGGACUAUAUUGGAUUGGGGAACUCGCUAUGAUAUAGCUCUUGGCAUUGCUUAUGGUUUGGCAUAUCUUCAUCAUGACUGUGUGCCACAGAUCAUUCAUAGAGAUAUUAAGCCCUCCAACAUUCUUUUGGAUUCUGACAUGGUACCACAUAUUGCAGACUUUGGCCUGGCAAAAUUGAUAAGUGAGCCAGAGGACAGAAAUGUCAAUUCCAUGUCAUGUGUAGUGGGCACACUUGGAUAUAUUGCACCAGAAAAUGUAUUCUCGAGUGAAGUAAAUGAGAAAACUGAUGUGUACAGCUAUGGAGUGGUGCUGCUUGAGAUUUUGACUGGAAGGAUGGCAGUGGAUCCAUGCUUUGAAGAUGGGGAUGAUAUGGUGAGGUGGGUGAAGCGGAAAUUGGAAGAUUGUAGGAAUUCUUUGUGUGCCAUAGAUGAAGUGAUGGAUGAUUGGAUGGAGAAUGAGAAGCAUGAAGUCAUGCAAGUCUUGGCAUUAGCAAUGGAUUGCUGUCAGUUAAGGCCAGAUGCUAGGCCUUCAAUGAGACAAGUAGUUGAUCGACUGGUCAAGAUGAAGCCAAAAGAAAAAGAAGAUGCAGAGAGGAAGCAGAAAAGAAAAGGGAGUGAUUUCAAUUAUGAAUUACUCAUUGACAAUAGUUUUCCCCACAUUUCCUCAUGAAUGGUGAAAUCAAAUGAGCAAAUUUCGUCCUUCCCUCUAUCCAACAUAGCUUAAGAGUUUUUUUCAAUGUACAAGUUAUAAAUGUAAAAUUAAAUUUUGUUUUUUCCCUACUAGAUUAGCAUAUGUUUAACAUGAGUUGCUUAGGUGGCUAGUCCUUAUUACUUGUAUGAACACUACUGGCAGCAUCUGUUAUUUGAGGCAUAAGUGUAUGAUCCUCAAAAAUAUCAGAU